AUGGCUGCGAUGGCCACCACAGCAGUGGCUGGUGGGAGCGAGGCAGCAGAAGGGUACACGGUGAUCUCUCAAGAGGAGUACGCACAGCUUAUGGCUGGCACAGCUCCGGCUGCGACAACUGGAAUGGUGACAACAUCGGUCCCGAUCACAGCCUAUCCCUACACCAGCACAAACGCCUACACGACGGUCACAACAAGCUAUCCGAAUUAUCCAAUCACGAGCAGUCCGGCUGUCCAAUACGCAGCCUCUCCUCUUCCCGCGUCCUACACGGCGGCCCCAUGCACUGCAGUGUCUACGACUGCGGGCCAGCCGAUCACGUACCAGGUGGCAGGAUCCCCGUGCCCGAGCACAUCCUACAAGCCCGCCGCAUACCAAGCAUCUACGCCUGGCUCUCAGCUCAAGUCAAACGAUGGCUGCAAAGCAGGUGUCUGGGAGGUACCCAGCCGUUUCCUACCAGCCAGCACCUUCCACUUCAGCAAUGGCCGGCACCCAGCCACUCUUGCAGCUCUGCCUAAGUUGGUACAGGGGAUGGUGCCAUAUUUUUUCAAGCAGCAGCUCGUAAAUAUCACUGGUCUCGGGGUGGGCCUUCUGGUUGUCCAGGCAGCAGACAGGUCCGGGCCACCAGUGCAGCCGCCGAGACUCACUGAGGGGAUUCCAGAUCCACAAGCUGUGGAGCAGCAGAAACACGCCUAUGAGAAGAGCCUAGAUGCACAGCUCGAUCAGGGCAUCAAGAUGAUUGAGCAGCAGAACGAGGUUAAGAAGCAAGCCCUCCGGCAGGAAGCAGAAAUGAAGAAGGAGCAGUACUUCUUGCAGGUGGACCAGCAGCUGAAAGCACAGGAGAUGAGCGUCGACCAGCAGGCCAACUAUCAGCUCAUGGGCCUUCAACAGGCAGCCUUUGAAAGGAAGGCUGUCCUGGACCAGCAGGCAGCGCAAGCAACGCUGGAGUACGAGCAGAAACGGGUCGCCGAUGAUUUUGCUCGGACCCAGUAUGAACACAAGAAGCGGGCAGCUGAGAAGCAGGCCAGAGCAGACAGAGGAAUCUUCGAUUGCCGUGCCAUGCUGUGCCACAGCAUGCAGGCUGAGAUGCAGCGCGAGCUGGCGAGGCAAAAGGAGGCUUUUGCCCAGCAGCAGCGAGCCAUGCAAGAGCAGUAUGCCCAACAGGUGGGGAUCUGA